GAAAAAGUACUCUGAAUUGUCUUUUCGCAUUUAUUAUUUUUUCAACAUUCAAACACUCCAUUUCUCCCUUCUUCACAUCAUAAACACCUCUCCCCCCUCUCUCUAGAGAUAGUGUGUGAUUGCAGCUUCAAGAAGGAUUUUUUUUCACUUCUAUUUUCAUUGAAUUACAAUAGAUCAAUUAAGUCUUGUGUUUUUAUUAUUGGUAUGAGAGUGUGCAUUUAUAAUUGAGGAUUUAAGGCAUAAUUAAAGUCUAUCUCUCUCUCUGGUCUUAAUGGGAAGGGCUCCAUGUUGUGAUAAGAAGGGGUUGAAAAAGGGGCCAUGGACUCCUGAAGAAGAUGACAAAUUGGUGGAAUAUAUCAACAAACAUGGCCAAGGAAGUUGGAGAUCUCUCCCCAAACUUGCAGGCCUUCUCCGGUGUGGAAAGAGCUGCCGCCUGCGGUGGACCAAUUAUCUGAGGCCGGAUAUCAAACGAGGCCCCUUCACUCCGGAGGAGGAGAAGCUCGUCAUUCAGUUACACGGCAUUCUCGGAAACAGGUGGGCCGCGAUCGCGUCCCAGCUCGCGGGCAGGACAGACAACGAGAUCAAGAACCUAUGGAACACUCAUCUGAAGAAGCGCCUUCUCAAGAUCCGCGAGCCGUCUCCCGCCUCCACGCGCCACAUGGCGCAGUGGGAGACCGCUCGCCUCGAGGCGGAGGCACGCCUCUCCAAGGAGUCCUCGCUCCUUCUGACCCCACUGAGGCCGGCCUCAGGAGCUCCAGAGGGGGACUUCUUCCUGCGCCUCUGGAACUCCGAGGUCGGGGCGACCUUCCGAAAGGAAACUUCCGGAAGCACGCGCAGCCCGUCUUGUUCGUCCACCAAAUGCAGCACCUUGUCGGAGGCCACCGUGAAGGUGGAGCCCGAGUCUGAGUACAAGGGCGGCAAAUUGGGGGGCGAACGAGACGUGGGAGCCGGGUCGGGAUCGUGCAGCAGCAGCAAUGAGAUGGAGGAGGAGGACUCGUCGGAGUCGGCGUUGCAGCUGCUUUUGGAUUUUCCGACCAACAAUGAUAUGAGCUUUCUGAGCCAACCUGAUUUCUAUGGCAAUUUCUUCUAGAAUUUCAGAAGAUAUGUAUGUAUUCUUUUUUGUGUUUUUUGGCUGUAUGCUGCUUGAAGGAUUCUGUCUUGUAAGAAAUGCUGCAGAUGUAAUUUCCUCCCAACUAAUCUAUAAUCUUGAAAAUGACAAAUUAAUACAUAUAUAUGGUAAUUAAUUAUACUAUA